AUGCCUGGCCAUCAUAUGAGUGAGCUCGGCAAUCUUGAGGAAGACCAUCAGGACCCAAGGGAGAUGCCCGACCUGGAAGAGGAGGAGGAGGAGGAGGAGGAACAGGAGGAAGUUGUGUCUAUCUCCUCCUCUCUGUCUUCCAUCCCCUCAGUCCUGUUUAUAGACUGCCUAGACGAGGUGCCUCCUGCUGAGACACUAAGUCCUCCCCAGUGUCCUCAGGGUGCCUGCCCAUUCCCCUGUGCCUUGGCAGCCUUUCCAUGGAGCCAAUCUGAAGAUGAGAGCUCCAGCAGCAAUGAGGAGGAGAGUCUAAACACUGAGGGAGGCCCUGAAGAUGAUGCAGAUUCCUUGCUCCAAAAAGCAGUGCAUUCAAAGGUGUCACAAAUGGUGGAGUUCCUGCUCCUGAAGUAUCGUGCAAACGAGCCGACCACCAAGGCAGAAAUGCUGAGUAGUGUCAUCAAAGAGUACCAUGAGCACUUCCCUGAGAUCUUCAGUGCAGCAGCUGAGUGCAUGCAGCUGGUCUUUGGUAUUGAUGUGAAGGAAGUGGGCCCUAGUGCCCAUACCUAUGUCCUGGUCACCUCCUUGGGGCUCAGCUAUCAUGGGAUAAUGAGCGAUGAACAUAUUUAUCCUAACACUGGCCUCCUGGUCACACUUCUGUGGGUGAUUGCUGCGGAGGGUGAUUGUGCACCUGAGGAGAAAGUCUGGGAAGCACUGAAUGUUUUAGGGGUGCAUGAUGGGAAGGAGCAUUGGAUCUAUGGGGAGCCCAGGGAGCUCAUCACUAAAAUUUGGGUGCAGGAACAAUAUGUGGUGUACCGCCAGGUCCCCAAUAGUGAUCCUGCACGCUAUGAGUUCUUGUGGGGUCCCAGGGCCCACGCUGAGACCACCACAUCGAAAGCCCUCAAGUUUGUGCUCAGGGUUAAUGACAGGGAUCCCCGUUCUCUCCCAUACCUGCCUGAAGGGCCUGAGUGUAAUGAGAACCACUAUGCCUGA